GUGCUGGGGCGCCCGGGGACCCCUGGGGUUCGCGGGGCGCUGCGGGCGAGCCGCACCGGGGCAGGAGACCCGAGUGAGGGAAGGCGGGACGGAGGAGGGCGGGAUAACCCGAGAGAAGGGGCGCCUUGGGAUCACCGGGAUGGGAGAUUAGAGCUGGCCGCGGACCCAGGCCUGUAGCUCCCUGGAGGACUUUAAAGGUGACCGCGAACUUAAAUUUGAGGAGCCCAUCUAUUUGCGAGGCUUUAGCAUUCUGUAAGGCACCUGGGAGAACGCAGAGGAGGAGGGGAUUGUCCCCUUUCCGUGUUGGAGUUCUGACUGUUCCUUGGUUAUCCAUUUUCUGUGCCCCUAUUUAGAGAGAUACAGGAUGCACUCGCAUUUAGGAUUUAAUUUAAUCAAAUAGUUUCACUUCAAGGAAUUUUCAGUGCCCUCCAGAAAUACUUGGCAUUCACCUCAGGGCUGAAAGAAAAUUAAGGAUGAGGGAACUAAGCACACAAAGCUAAGUAACUCGCCCAAGGACAGUGAACUAAUAAAUGGGAAAGAUGGAAUUCUAUCAGCAGCCAGAGCUGGGGCUCUCAACCAAGAUACAAAGCUGACCUUUCAGGCACUGGACCAGAAAAUGGGGACAUUGCAGUCAACAAGUUCAACAUGACUGCUGCCCUCAUGGUAUGGGGAAUGAUGCAGUGGUCAUAAAGCUAUCCCAGACCUUCACUUCCAAACUGAAGAUUCUGAUAAGAGAACAGAAGCAAGGAGAGCAGCAGAGGGAGAGGGAGAAGCAGGCUCCCCACUGAGCAGGGAGCCCGAUGCGGGGCUGGAUCCCAGGACCCUGGGAUCAUGACCUGAGCUGAAACCAAGACUUGGACGUUCAACUGACUGAGACACACAGAUGCCUUAAGGAUUAAAAAUCAAGAAACAAAUCAGAUGCAGCACUUUCUUGACAUGGAGAACCAAGCCCAUAAUAUGAUGGGAGCUUCUCCUUGUGAGGCCGAACUUCAGGAAUUAAUGGAACAAAUUGACAUCAUGGUAAGCAACAAAAAAUUGGAUUGGGAAAGGAAAAUGCGGGCUUUGGAGACACGAUUAGAUCUUCGGGAUCAAGAGUUGGCAAAUGCACAAACUUGCUUGGAUCAGAAAGGUCAAGAGGUGGGGUUACUUAGACAGAAGUUGGACAGUCUGGAAAAAUGUAACUUAGCGAUGACGCAAAAUUAUGAAGGACAACUGCAAACCCUAAAAGCUCAAUUUUCCAAACUGACGAAUAGCUUUGAGAAACUGAGACUGCACCAGAUGAAACAAAGUAAAGUUCGGCGAAAGGAGUUACCACACCUCAAAGAAGAAACACCCUUUGAAAUGAGCAAUUUGAACCAGAAAUUAGAGGAAUUUAGAGCAAAGUCAAGAGAAUGGGACAAGCAAGAGAUACUAUAUCAGACUCAUCUGGUUUCUUUAGAUGCUCAACAAAAAUUAUUAUCUGAGAAGUGUAAUCAAUUUCAGAAACAGGCACAAAGUUACCAAACUCAACUCAGUGGUAAAAAACAGUGCACAGAAGACAACAGCUCAGAAGAUCCUCAGUUGAUGUGUGACCUGGAUCACAGUUGCAAAGGCAGUGAAAGAGAUGAGUUCAUUAUUGAAAAACUAAAGUCAGCUGUGAGUGAAAUAGCAUUAAGCAGGAAUAAGUUACAAGAUGAAAAUCAGAAGCUCUUACAAGAACUGAAGAUGUACCAAAGACAGUGCCAGGCCAUGGAAGCAGGACUCUCAGAGGUGAAAAGUGAGUUACAGUCACGUGAUGAUCUCUUGAGAAUUAUAGAAAUGGAACGAUUGCAGCUGCACAGAGAAUUAUUAAAAAUAGGAGAGUGCCAAAAUACUCAAGAAAGUAAAAAAAGACUUGAAUCAUCUUAUUCACCUUCUACUAAAGAACCAGAAAGGAAAAGGAAAGAGCUGUUUUCAGUGACCCUAGAUCAACCAAAUCAUGAAAAAGAAUUGAACAAGAUAAGAAGCCAACUCUAUCAGGAGGAAGAGUACCAUGGCUCUGAGCAGGAAAGAAUGAGGAACGAAAUCUCUGACCUAACAGAGGAGCUUCAUCAGAAGGAGAUCACUAUAGCAACUAUCAUGAAGAAAGCUGCCCUUCUGGAAAGACAGUUAAAAAUGGAGUUAGAAAUAAAAGAAAAAAUGUUAGCAAAACAACAGGUCUCAGAUAUGAGAUACAAAGCUGUCCGAACGGAAAACACACACCUGAAAGGAAUGAUGGGAGAUUUAGACCCCGGACGGUACAUGACAAACGAAAUAACUGAUACUAAGAGUAUGGACUUUACUAACCGAGAACAUUCAAGGCAUACAUCUAUUAACAAACUGGAAUAUGAGAAUGAAAGGCUCCGAAAUGAUCUUGCAAAACUUCAUGCCAAUGGCAAAUCAGCCUGGGCUAACCAAAAUGCCUAUGAGGAAAUGGGACUGUACACCUAUCAAAACCAAAUAAAAAUGGAAAAACAUGAAGAUAGACUUAGCCAAGAUCGUGAGCCAAACCGAAGUGUGACGCCUCCACUACCACCUUUGCCAUUUCAGACCAAAGAAAUGACAAGUCCCCUGGCUAGUGACGACGAAGUGUUCCCACUGUCUCCUCCAGAUACAGUCUUCCCAGCCUCUUUGGCUGCACAGCAUUUCCUUCUGGAGGAAGAGAAGCGAGCAAAAGAAUUUGAGAAACUUCUAAAUACACAUAUUGAUGAACUGCAAAGACAUACAGAAUUUACUCUUAAUAAAUACACCAAGCUAAAACAAAAUAGACACAUAUGAGCUUUUAAACUCUUUUAUUUGCUUCCCUCACCCCAAGAAAAAAAGCUCUGGCAAAAUAUUUACAAAGCUGAAUAAUGAAACUGAGAAAUUUUGUUCUGUUUUCUUAAGUAAAUCAUUUCUGUUAGGCAGCUAGAAAAUAGUAAGUAUUUUGUUCGAUAAAGCUGUUUGUAUUUCUACAUUUACAUAGUAAAUUGUUUGGCUAUAGAGUUACGAUAAAAUAAACGUGACUACUCCAAAAGA